UUUAAAAUAGCGCUUAUCGAUCUUGUUUUUGCAGUGUAUCGUCAAGCAAAUAAUAUACACAUGCUAAAGAAAGGGAUGAAGAUUGAAGCAACUCAUGUUAAAAAGAAACAGCUUCACCACUACCUCACUACAGAAAUUCUUCAGAAGAGAAAAAAGCAAAGUGUUCCAGAUAUUAAUAGAUCAGCCUCUGGCUUAUCGAAACGAUCAUCACUGGAUGGAAAUUGCUUAGAUAGUUCCAGAGAUACAGACACAGGAACACCUUUUGAGUCCCCUUCUUCAUGUAACAGAACAUCUAGAUCUGAUAGUCCUACCUUAACAGACACACACAGGUUGGCUGAGCAUGCUCCUUCAGAGACUAAUCCAGGAAACUAUAUCCCCGUCAUUGGAUCACAGUCCAGCUCAGCUGUUCCUGUAAAGCCAAUUGCUCAGUCUGGUUGUUCAAUUCCUACUGUAGUUGGACGUAAUGUGAUUCCAAUUGUAGCCUCUCCUCCAAACCAUUCCCAGGGGCAAAAUCAUGUAAAUGGUAUGGUAAAUCUUAGUCCAAAAAGUUCUUCAACUAAAAGAGCUCAUCCGCCUUGUUUGGAAGGAUCCCCAAAACGAAUAAAGGAUACAGAAAAGUUCCUAGGAAUGUCAGAAUCUGCAUUUGUAGAGCCUUGUCAUGAAGUGGACAGAAGCUAUCAAUCUGUGGAAAGAAUCUAUGCAGAAGCUAUGCCUAUUCCUACUAUUGAAAGCACUAGAUCACAGAGGCUGCAGAGUAACGAGCUUCCGGAUGCCUCUUCUCCUGUGCCAACCAGUAAUAUUCGUGUUAUUAAAAAUUCCAUCAGACUGACUCUAAAUCGGUAACCACAAUCCUGCAAUUAGGUAAUUUGAUAAUAUGCAAUAACUUGGCAGCUAACAUUUUUGCAAUGACUGCAUGUAAUGCUACCCUGAAUCAAUGUAUAAAAAUCAUGAAUUUUCUAUACUUGAAACUCAUGGUGCUCUCCUUAAUGCUGAGUUUUCUUAUGCUGCCAAAAUAUUAUGGUUAAAGGUUUUAUAGUCUUUUAGGAUUUACCCAUUUCUAUAUCAAUCAAUGAAAAGAAAAAAAAUUGGAAAAAAAAAUCAUAUGUGGUCAGUGUUUAAUAGACUUUAUAUUUUUGUUAUUGUAAUUAAAAACCUGUUUAAAAAUGCUUAAAAAAAAUGUAUGUCAUGUCAACAUGUCUGAUUAUCACUUUUUGUUUGUAUGUAUGUCUGAGAUGCAUGUUAGCAUAGGUGAGAACAUUGAUUAGCCAUUUAUUUUUCUCACAAAUCAAGACUUCUAAAUGUAUUUAUAGUAUUUUGAGUUAGAAGAGCCAUUAUCGUGAAAAAAACACAUGCCCUUCAUUCUUUAGACCAGCGUUUCUCAACUGCGGUCCUCAAGUACCCCCAACAGUCCAAGUUUUCAUUAUAGCUGGACUAAAGCACAGGUGAAAUAAGCUGAUCAGUAGCCAUGGUAACUAGCCUGCUCUCACCCAAUCAGCUGAUUAUUUUACCUAUGUUCAGCUAUAAAGAAAAUGUGAACUGUUGGGGGUACUUGAGGACCGCCAUGGGGUUUAACAUAGGUAAAGUACCACUCAGAAGCUGCAGAGAACAAUCAGUAGCACUAGUUAUACUAGCAUUGUUGAUUGGCUCAGUAGCUAUUCCAUCCAGGCCUAUAGUUCUCUGGCUUCUAAGUGGUACUUUAUCUUUCAGGAGUGUUCUACGUUCUGUGGGUUUGUUUUUAAAUAAAUAUAUAUUUCAAACUCACUUCCUCAGUAUGUUUUGACAGCUCAAUUGAGUAUUUAAAAUUAUAUUCAAUAUCAAAUUAAGGUUUCCCUACAUUAUGCUCUGAAAAUUUCAAACUAGUAAUAUCUCACCUAGAAAGAUUUAAAAAGUUUUUUUUUUAAUUACACAGAUUUAACAAUGUUAAAAGAUUGAUCAGAAAAUGUAUACAUUUGUUUGUACCUGCUUUUUUUUAGAACUUGUUUAGGGUACUGCGAUAUGUUUUAUACAGAUUUUUGGGGGCAAGUGUUGCUUUUAAAUCAAAAAUUUGACCAGCCAUUUACUGAAACAUUGUAUAAAAUUCUGAUCUUCUGGUUCUGGAAUGUUGGUGUGUGCCAUUGAGGGGGAAGUUCUCUACUGCAAUGAAAACGUUGUCUCCUGUGGAGGCUCAUAAGAUUUCAAAGAACACUUAGAUUAACCACCAGCAAAGUGUGUCACUGGCAGUUUUCAAUUUUAUUUUUUCUAUAUAAGAAUGUUUAAUUUAUUUACCACAAAACAUGCUAUAAAAUACAAGUCCACAUUAAGUACUGUAAUAUUUUUAAAAAAAAAUUAUAAAAAAAAGUCCUAUACCUUCUCCCACCCACAUUCCCUGCAAAAAGAUGAAUUUACAGACUGAAUGUUAUGUACCCUUGCAGAACAAAGAUGCUUAAGAAAUUUGCAAUCUGUGGUAUACUUAAAGGGACACUGAACCCAAACUUUUUCUUUUGUGAUUCAGAUAGAGUAUGCAAUUUUUAUCAACUUUCUCAUUUAUUCCUAUUAAAUUUUCUUCAUUCUCUUGGUAUAUGUAUUUGAAAAGCAAGAAUGUAAGUUUAGAUGUUGGCCCAUUUUUAGUGAACAACCUGGGUUGUUCUUGCUGAUUGGUGGAUAAAUUCACUCACCAAUAAACAAAUGCUGUCCAGGGCUGAACCAAAAAUUGUCUGGCUCCUUAGCUUAGAUGCCUUCUUUUUCAAAAAAAAGAUAGCAAGAGAACGAAGAAAAAUUGAUAAUAGGAGUAAAUUACAAAGUUGCUUAAAAUUGCAUUCUUUAUCUGAAUCGUGAAAGAAAUAAUUUGGGUUUGGUGUCCCUUUAAGGCUGAUCUAGUAUUAACGUAUAAAAAUGUAUCUGUUCUGAUCUACCCAAAAAUCCUACUUUAUUUUUUUUCUUUCACAUUUGCUGGCAGGUGGGCCUAUUUCUUGGAACAUAAUAAAAAAAAAAAAAUUGUUCAGUCAGUAAAGGGUUUCUUAAAGUGAUAUGAAACUCAAAAUUUUUCUUUCAUGAUUUAGAUAUGGUUACAAUUUUGAACAGCUUACUAAUCAAACUUGCUCCGUUCUCUUGGUAACCUUUGAAUGAUGAGUAGGGCACUACUGAAAGCUAGCUGAUCACCAGCUAGCUCCCAAUAGUGCAUUGCUGCGCCUGAGCCUAUCUAGGUAUGCUUUUUCAACAAAAGAUACCAAUAGAACAAAGCAAAUUUUAUAUAAUAGAAGUAAAUUGUAAAUUAGUUUAAGAUUGGAUCCUCUAUCUGCAUCAUGAAAGUUUAAUUUUGACUUUACUUACUCUUUAAAAGCAUGGGAUAGAAUUUGGCUAAGGAAACUGUCUUUUCACCUUUCCAAAACCAAAUGCUUUUCCUACAGUUCUAAGUCUGACCUAUGAGUUUCGCAAAGCAUUACUAUAGCUUAUACAUGCUUGUUUUAUGUAGAUACCAUAUUUCUGUUUAACUCAGUUUUUUUUUGUAAAAUAAACCAUAUGUAUGCAAAAAAUAUUUCUAUGUAAAUUAAUAUACCACAUUUUCCAAGCAAAAAAAAUAAAACACCAUGUUUUUUU